ACACAUCUGAGGAACACAACACAGUUCACCUGUUUUCUGACACUGAAAAUAUCCUAAGAAGAUGAAAAAACAUUGAUGUCUAAGAAUAUCUGGAUGUUGUGAGAGGUAAAGUCGGACAAAAAGUUCACAGAUUCAACGCCACGAGAGUCAAGUCAUCUUAAUUUACAGUUUCCUACACCCCAUGAGGCCUUGCGCCGAAAGUGGGAGCAUCUUCUGGUUCAAAGUAAACAACGGGAUGUGACACUAAAUCAUUCAACAGUUGACAGGAGUGACGGGCAAAUGAAGCUUCAUGAAGCACCGACUUUCCUCUGACUGUUUCGGAAAAGAUUUAAAGCAUUGAGAGUGUCGAAAACAGCGUGACCUGGGCUGAUGAUUUUAUGUAGAAAACAGUGGAUCACAAAAAAAUUACUUUUGCUGGAUUUUCGCAGAGUGGGUCACAUAUAGUUCACUUAUUGAUUAAGGUUCAAUAAUGGAUUCAGAAGACCGAAUAGAAAAGGCUGUUGAUAUCUACAUCAGUGCAGAAGCUGUAAGAGACAUGAAACAUAAAGACAAAAAGGACUUCGACGCAACAAUAACUGAAGCACCUAAACACAGAGAUAACUCAACUGGGAUUAAAGGAACUGAUGGUGUGAAAACCAGAAGCUCCACAGCAGCUGUGGUGUGUUUGCUGCUGGUGUGUGUUCUCCUGCUGACUGCAGUCAUAGUGCUGUGUGUCCACAUUCAUACAAAGACCACAAACUACACACAAGAGAGACAACAGCUCCUAAUUAACAUGACCAACCUCACAGAAGAGAGAGACCAGCUACUAAUCCAAAAUAAAAACCUGACUAAUGAGAGAAAACUGCUAAUAUUCCAGACGGAUAAUCUGAUGAAUGAGAGCAACCGGUGGAAAUCAGAAAAAAAAGAACUCCAGGUGUAUUUUGCAAAUGGAUGGAAGUACUUUGAAUCCAGUCUUUACUACUUUUCCUCUGAUACGAAGAACUGGAAUGACAGCAGAAUAUCUUGUAAAAAGAAAAAAGCAGAUCUGAUCAUACUAAACAACAAAGAGGAACAAAAUUUUGUGAAGAACAUUACUGGUAAUUCUGAAUUCUGGAUUGGUCUGACUUACAUGGAAGAUGGCACAUGGAAAUGGGUUGAUGGCAGCAAUAUGACCACUGGGUUAUGGGAGUCUAGUCAACCUAAUUCUCCUGAAAAAGAAAAAUGUGCUCUAAAUCAUUCACCAGGAUGUGCUGAUUUUCCAUGUAAUGACCCAUUUAAAUGGAUUUGUGAGAAGAGUUUUUUUUAAAUGAUGCAUUAUAACAAAUAUUGACAUCUUGUUACAAAAUCUUUGUUUGCUUUGCCCCUGUUAGCUGUGUGCCUUGUUUGUCUCCAUAGCUACCCUUAUUGGUUCCUUUAGCUACUCUCUGAUCACACCCAUACCUUGUUUGUUGCAAUAUUAACUCUUUGGUCCUUUUCUUCUCCCUUGUAUAAUUAGCCCUAAUGUUUGACUUUUCAGUUGUUGAAUGUUAAGUUCAAGUAAAGUUCAGCUGUUCUGCUUGUGUGUUUUUUCUUUCCCUUGGUCCCUGUGUUCUUCAUUAUGUGUUUACUUAAUUUUACUCCAAUAAAAACCCUGC